AUGUACCAAGCUUAUCAAGACCUUCCAGUGGAUAACAAUCAACGAAAUAAUGGCAGCAAAAGAAUUGACUCACAUCAUAGAAACGGACGCGACCACCUGACAAAAGCUUCGGUCCACAAGCACAUAGCCGACCACAGAAGCGCACAAGGGACGGGACGUAAGAACAAUCCACCGGAGCAGCGUGGACCGUCUCUCUUAUGCCUCCGGCGCGCACUGAUUUACGACAAAUGUGCGUGGGCGCCGACGUGCAGUCCGACGUUCACGAUACGUACGUCUGAUUGGCUGGUGACACAGUUACGGACAUUCGGCUCGCGUAUUAAGCCCGCCAGCCAGUCGGGCUACACUGCAACCGCCUCGGUCCUCGACCUAGACAACUCAGCCACCAGUGCACAAAUGCAAGAUCGGAAACCGUGUCGACCUGCCAUUCGUAAACCCACGUACCUUUUUUAUACCCAUGCUCGACCUAGCAAAUGGACAUGGAUUCUAUUGACAUCCAAAUCGCCGUCCUGUUGCGCCGAUAUUGGUCGUGCGAGCGUAGCUGGCUUGAUCUAA